AUAUCCACAUUACAAUGCCGCCUGAUACCCAAUUUCUGGGUUAUUAAUCAGGACGAAAGGAGGAGAUAACAGAGCAAAAACCAAGUUCAGAAUCCAGAACCACUGAUUUGCAAAUUGCAAGUGAUUUUGUGCUGUUUUCAUCAGUUAUUACUCGGCAGGUACUAAAUUGGAUGUGAAAAUGGCACAUCUACUUUCCGCUUCUUGCCCACUGAACAUCUCCUGCUCCAAAACCAGCCCUAAAUCAUUGAAACAAAGCUCAUCUGCAUUCCCAACUUCACUCACUCUACGCACUUCAAUCCAACCAUUCAAAACCCUUUCAUUAAACAAAAACAACACAAAGAAACUUUUCUCUGUACGUGCAACUACUCUCCAACAACCCGGAACAAAACCAGACUCCACCUCCGGCCAAACCUCCGGCGAACAACCAAGGCCAACCCGUGUGAUGGUCAUUGGCGGCGAUGGUUACUGUGGUUGGGCCACUUCCCUCCAUUUAUCCAACAAAAAUUACGAAGUUGCCAUUGUUGACAACCUUGUUCGCCGCCAUUUUGAUGAUCAACUCGGGCUCGAUUCACUCACACCCAUUUCAUCAAUCCAUGAUCGUAUCAGAAGGUGGAGAUCCCUCACACAAAAAGACAUAAACCUCUACAUUGGUGAUGUCUGUGAUUUUGAAUUCUUAUCAGAAGCUUUCACAUCUUUCAAACCUGAUGCAGUCGUUCAUUUUGGUGAGCAAAGAUCUGCACCUUACUCCAUGAUUGACAGGUCACGAGCUCUCUACACCCAACAAAACAAUGUCCUCGGUACCCUCAACGUCUUAUUUGCUAUCAAAGAGUUCUCUGAAGAUUGCCAUUUGGUGAAACUCGGGACAAUGGGAGAAUAUGGAACACCAAAUAUCGACAUUGAAGAAGGGUAUAUCACCAUAACACACAAUGGAAGAACAGACACUUUACCUUACCCAAAACAAGCAAGCUCCUUUUACCAUUUGAGUAAAGUACACGAUUCAAACAAUAUCGCAUUUACAUGUAAAGCUUGGGGGAUCCGAGCCACUGAUUUGAAUCAAGGAGUUGUUUAUGGUGUAAGAACAGCUGAAACCGAGAUGCAUGAAGAACUCUACAACCGAUUCGAUUACGAUGGUAUCUUUGGAACAGCCUUGAAUCGAUUCUGUGUUCAAGCAGCAGUGGGCCAUCCCCUUACUGUUUAUGGCAAAGGAGGGCAGACUCGGGGUUAUCUAGACAUUAGAGACACAGUGCAGUGUGUGGAGCUUGCGAUUUCAAAUCCAGCAAAGCGCGGUGAAUUUCGGGUAUUUAAUCAAUUCACAGAGCAGUUUUCAGUGAAUCAACUUGCAUCGCUUGUUACAAAAGCGGGAGAGAAGCUUGGAAUUGAAGUGCAAACGAUAUCUGUGCCUAACCCUAGAGUUGAAGCAGAGGAACAUUACUACAAUGCUAAGCAUAUGAAACUCAUUGAGUUGGGACUCGAACCACAUCUACUGUCUGACUCACUUCUUGACUCACUCCUCAAUUUUGCUGUUCAGUUUAAAGACCGAGUUGACACGAAACAAAUCAUGCCGAGUGUUUCUUGGAGAAAGAUUGGGGCCAAGCCAAAAACUGUAUCUGCUUAAUAUUGUUAUGUACUUGGUGAGUUGCUUUGGGAACUCGACUCAGAACUGGACGAUUUUAAAAUAUGAGAUUAUGGUUUUUAAACUA